AGGCCGACGGCAGUGGUCUGGACAUGCCAACUCCACCGCUGCCCUGCGCAGCACAGCGCAAGUCGUCCCUGGCCCGGCCGCUGCCCCUGGGCUGGGCCCACUUGCAGCCAGCAGGACUGGACGGGGUCUGCCCGGUGCGUUGUGCCCUGCACGGCUCGCGCACCGAGCCGGCGUGCCCCCCAGCCUGCAUGAAGACCAAGCACGCGCUGCGCCACCACAUGAAGCUGCACAAGGGCAUCAAGGAGUACGAGUGCAAGGAGUGCCACCGCAAGUUCGCGCAGAAGGUCAACAUGCUCAAGCACUACAAGCGACACACGGGGAUUAAAGAUUUCAUGUGUGAGUUGUGUGGAAAGACCUUUAGCGAGAGGAACACCAUGGAGACGCACAAGCUCAUCCACACCGUGGGCAAGCAGUGGACGUGCUCCGUGUGCGACAAGAAGUACGUCACCGAGUACAUGCUGCAGAAGCACGUGCAGCUCACGCACGACAAGGUGGAGGCGCAGAGCUGCCAGCUGUGCGGGACCAAGGUGUCCACCAGGGCCUCCAUGAGCCGGCACAUGCGGCGCAAGCACCCGGAGGUGCUGGCGGUGAGGAUCGAUGACCUGGACCACCUCCCAGAGACCACCACCAUCGACGCCUCCUCCAUCGGCAUCGUCCAGGUGAGCGGCUCGGCACAGGUGCGGGUGCUUCUAGACGAGCAGGUGCCUGCAGAGUGGGACCCG